AUGGAUAAUGAACAACGUAUAUUAGAAGAGCUAGUGAAGGCAAAAGAAAAUAUUAAACGUAAAUUUAUCGCGUUGAAAAGCGGGGAGGCUAAUAUUCGUGCAAAAGUAAUAAAAACUCUAGAUCCGAUUAUUGAACCUUUGAAUAGAAUACAUGAAACGCAGAAAUUUUCACUUAAACAUAAGGCAGUACCCCCGAAAAAGUAGAAGAAGAAUUAGUAGAAAACGAUGAAAGUAUACCCGUGAGAAAAUCUAAAUAUAAUGCUGAACUAGAAAAUUUGUUUAAUUCCCCCGAUUUCGAUAAAACGUAUGGUCCGAAGAAAAUACAUAAUCAAAUCAUUUUAGGAAAAAAUGUAAUUAAAUUCACUGACGGAAAAUUAAUAGUCUUAGAUCUAAAAAAAAUCGAAUAUAUAACAACAGAGGGACUUUUACAAUUAAUUUUUCUGAAAUCUCCGAUUUCGUAUACCUCACACGAUUUAUAUACGUACAAGUAUAUACUAAAACAUACGUACGCUCAUUUAAUAACCGAUGGAUCCAAGGUUAAAAAGGGUGGUAAAAAAUACAUAAACAUUAUAUCUAAAUUAUUUCCCUCCGGCGGUGGACUCCGAGUUAAAUUACAAAAAAAUAAUUUAGUUUAUUGGGACAACCCAAACGAGAUAAUUGAUAGGUUAAAAUUAUUAUUGGCAUCGCAAGCUGCUGGAAACACAGGUGUUGGAAACGAAAUAUUAUCGAUUUUUGAAGAAUUACUCGAAGCGGGGCUAAUAAAACGGAUUCCAAAUGUCUAA